CCUCAAUUGCCACACGCAUUCCGAAGGUACCAAAAAAAAAAAAAAAAAAAAAAAAACGAGACGAACGGAAACAAAAAGGGAAAACAAGCGGGAAGCAAAACUGGGAACUAUUCUUUCGCCUUUUAUUUGAAGAAAAUACCAUGCGCUCACCACAAUUUAUGGCUUUGUCCAAUUAUAAGCAUGUCAUACCCCCCAAUUAACAGAAAAAAAGAAAGAAAGAAAAGGGGUUGUAUACGUAGUAGUAGAGGAAUUGAAACACACACUAUCAUCAUCAUCAUCUUCUAAAACAAGGAACAUUUAAGGUUUCUUCCAUCACUUCGUAAAAAUGAACAAGCUGGGGUUUGCGCGCAAGGAGAAAGUUCAGCAAUUCAUGUCUGUAACUGGGGCAAGUGAGAAAGUCGCUAUUCAGACUCUGAAGACCAACGAUUGGCAUCUUGAAGGAGCAUUAGAAGCAUUCUACAGCCAGGACCAUAUUAAGGCAGCUACAGAGAAAAACCGAUGGGAGGGGCUUUUCAAGAAAUACAAAGAGCCGAAUGUUGACAUGAUUAUGGCUGAUGGUAUCAGCAACCUCUGCAAUGAUCUUCAGGUUGAUCCAGGAGAUAUAGUUAUGUUGGUACUUUCAUGGAAAAUGAAGGCUGAAAACAUGUGUGAAUUCUCCAAGCAGGAGUUCAUUGGUGGAGUACAGUCUCUUGAAAUAGAUUCAUUGGAGAAGUUCAAGAAAAAAAUCCCAGUUUUGCGAUCUCAGCUGAAAGAUGAAGAUACUUUCCGUGACAUUUACAACUUUACUUUUGAGUGGGCAAAGGAGAAGGGUCAGAAAUCUUUGGCCUUGGAAACAGGAAUUGCAUUGUGGCAGUUGCUGUUUGCAGAAUUGGAGUGGCCAUUGAUUGAUCAAUGGUGUCAGUUUAUCCAGGAACGGCAUAACAAGCCUAUCUCGCGUGAUGUUUGGUGUCAGCUACUGGAAUUUGCAAAGACUGUGGACUCUACAUUAUCAAACUAUGAUGCUGAAGGAGCCUGGCCUUGUCUUCUUGAUGAAUUUGUUGAAUUCUUGAUUGAAACUGGGGCUUGCACGAAAAAGUCGGAUGAGUGAUUGGAGCCAAAGAUACACAUGGAGUGCUGCAGUCACUUUCUAUGAUAUGCAAUGUUCUUUUUUUACUUUUAGCUUAGUAUGAGUGGUAAAAAAAUUCCAACUUUCAAGAACACCUUGUACAAAAUAAGUGAGGCAAAAAACCACUUGGAGUUGUAGAUGAGUCUUGCGUGUUCGUUUAGUCCUCACUGUUGAUUUCGAAGGAUGAACGUUAGCAUUUGUUGUUUGGAUUUCUUCCAUUAAUUAACGAGUCAUUCUUUGGACCUAAACGUGUGAACUCAAAAGAGCAAAAAAAUAGGGAAAGUACACUAACUUCUAACAGUUGAUCUGACAAUGGAAAAGAACUUAGAUAUUCAGUUUCA